UGCAUCCUAGAGCGAAGCGGCGCAUCUUCUCUAUCCUCACUCUCAUCUACACCAUCGCUAUAUCUGCACAGUCCACAGACAAGCGAGUCCCCAGCUCACCAGCAAUCCUUUCACCAACCCAAGUCGCCUACCGAGAAAUCAGCCUUUCCACAACCAAUUGAACCCUCACUCCCCCAUCCCACUCCCUUGUCCACCACACCCCAAACCCAGACACGCACCAUGCCACCCAUCGCCAUCCGCUUCCUCGUCCCUCCCCCGGCGCGGGAUGGCAGAUCCGCACACAGACCCCACCCCUACAUCGUGCUCGACAAAGCUUCCCUAUCCUCUCCCUCCCUCCCCACCCCCCCUGCGAGCAAACGAAAUGCCUCCUCUCGCCGUAGUUCGAGCACCACCAUCCUCAACGCCAACGCACCCAUCACCCCCUCCUCUCUCUCCGCCCCCAAGCCUUCCAGCGCGCCCCCCAUGUCGAGCCAGAGCCGCAAACGCAAGGCCUCUUUCGCGCUACCCUCUCCCACAGAGCAGGCUGGUGGCGAGGGCAAGAAGGCCAAGAUGGUGCUGGUAAGGAUGAAGCCAGACUUUGGUACCAUCCUUGCGCGCUGUGCCGCUUACGACCCAACCGACGACGGGCACACCGUCAAGCCCACCCACUCUUCCGCCACCAAGACGUACCUCCACCCUUACUCUCCUGCGUCGGACUGGGGCAACUUUCGCUCGAGCAAGCUGUCGCGAGAGGAGGAGGUGCGGGAGGAGAGGAUGAUGAAAGCCAAGAAGAUGGGCAAGGAGGAGAAAAAGACAAAGAUGGAGGGGGUGAUGAGGGUGAAGGAGCUAGUCAAGGAGAUGAAGGUCACUAUGGGUGGUGGAGUGUAUGUGCCCCCUGCUGUAGAGGAGGUGGUCGUCGACACCCCGGAGGGCACGCCCCGCCCUACCGCGGCCAAGCCAGGGCGAGGCAAAAAGUCUCUCUCGCCCGCAUCCAUCUCCACUCGCGCCAAGUCACACUCUCCCCUUGCGACAGAAACUUCCCUCGUAGCGGACGCCCUCGCCGACCCCCCCAAGACAGUACCGCUCGCUGCUGGCAAGGUCAAGCCGGGCAGACCCAAGAAGGUUACUGUGGUGGAGGCUAAGGAGAGGCCUAGUAGAAGUUCUGGAAGGACGAAGGAGGCUGAGAAGAGCUGACGUAGCCGACAGGCGCUACAUCCUAUCCCGCUUUCCCUUGGCCACCCAUGCUUUACCACACUUGUAACGACUCGUCACCGCACAUCAUCGCGCUUUUCCAGGCAACCCAUCACUUUAGAGCCUUUUCUCUCGUUGUCAUCUAGUCUAUCUACCAUUUUUUGUACCCCUAAUAUCGUCCCCCAUCUGUUCGCAGUGAUCGCAUGUUUUCAUUUCGCUUUUCCGUUCGUGUCGUGGCAUCCUCUACAUUUUCCCUUCCUUCUGUUGCUCAUAUAACAUUUCUCUUCACUUUCCCAUCCAUGUAUCCCUCUGAUCCAAACCCCACUGCAACUCUGCGAACUGAGUCUAUCA